AUGGAUGUUUCCGAAGAUCUAGCAAGGGAUUACCCUCCAAGACAUUACCCUGAAGGGGCUUCUAUUUUUGAAAACAAAAGCAUUAAUACGAAUAGCCAUUUUUCUGAGAUCCCUCGACUUAGACAAGCAAUUGGAAUAGAUGUGUGGGAUAAUCUGAAGACGUAUCCUGUUGAAUUGAUUGCUAAACUGGCUGAGAGCAAAUUGGUGUGGUCUGGUAAGACCGUACAUUAUCUACUUUGUAGACAGCUGCGAGUCUAUAAGAAGGAGAUUUGGUCUCUCGUUGUUGAUCAACCUCUCAGGUUUAGCGUAAUAGAAUUUGGUGAGAUCACGGGUUUAAACACAAAUCCACUGCCAGAAGAAAGUUUUGAACCUUAUCCAGAGAAUUACAAAGCGUUGUGGGAGUUGUUGAAAGUGCCGCUUGGGUACGGACCCAAGUUUGAUGAACUUAUAGAAGCUUUAACGGAGUGUCCAUUCUGGAGUGCUGAUCAGCGGAAAUGGUAUGGGCUGUUGUUUCUUCAAGCCAUUGGACUUUAUGGCUUGCAUCAUAAUUGUAGAAUACCCUUUGAAAGUGCAAAAAGAGUAUUCGAUGAUGACGCCCUGAUGACUUAUCCUUGGGGUCGGACUGCCUAUGAAUUUCUUGUUGAUUCUAUCAAGUUGUUGCAUCCACAAGGAGGGUCGUACACCCUUAGCGGCUUCAAGGACAUGUUAUUGGUUUGGGCGUAUGAAUCUGUCACAGUGUUCGGAGAGCUUUAUGGCAGAAAAGUGAAUCCAGACGAAAUUCCGCUUUUGCGAUGGGGUGGAAGUCGUACUCGUGCAAGUCUUGCUACUACAAUAGAUAAGGAGAUGAAUGAUCAUGGAACGGUGCGUGUGAGGAAAAUGGUGAUGAAGGAGGGUCUAGAAGAGCUGUUUCCUCAGUGGAAGGAUGAAGCAGUUGACCCACAACUUGAUAACCUAAUUAAAGAUAUACAUGCAGAUAGGUUUGUUAGAGAUUUUUAUGUGCAAUCGAAUGAGAAGAACAAAAAAAUGAAUGCUGGAGUUUCGUCAGAGGCUGAACCACCCUCAAAGAAGCAGAAGAAAGGCAAGAAACAGAAGGAGAGUGCAAAGGAGAAGGGUCGUAGCGAAGCGGUUCUGCUGAACAUAGUUGCUCAUCUCGAGAAGUUGAACCGAAAAUUUGACUCGAGAUUAACAGAAUACGACACCAAGUUUGGAUCUUUUUCCCGAGGCCUUUUGGAUACCAUUGGAGAUACAGUGAAAACUACAGUUGAAGAGCGUCUGAGAGUUUUUGGGGUGUCCAAUAGUAGUCAACCUGAAGGUCAAAACGUGAUGGUCUCAGAAGACAACCAACAGCCAGAGUUCAAUAGUGGUCAACCUGAUGGUCAAAACGUGAUGGUCUCAGAAGACAACCGACAGCCGGAUCAGUCCGAAGACAGCCAACCGCAAAAGACCCCUGAUAAAGGCCAAUCUGAGAAGAAUCUGGCAGAUGAUAUUGCUAAAGCUGAUGCGAAAGGUAUGGGAGCAAAGUUGAAUUCGAAGGUUGUCAGGGAUAAGGCUGCUGGGGUGAAAAAGAACUUGGAUUCGGCGUUUGGUAUUGCCGAUGCAACAAAUGCUGAUUUGGUCUCUGAUUCUCCUGGUAAGGAACCACCAUUCGGACGCGGUUGCAGGGGCUUAGGGAAAAGAAAUAACUUAGCGGCUGAUUUGGAGAGGAAUGAAGCUGAGUUAAAGAAGAAGCAGAAGACUCGCAGUGGUACAAUAAGAAUAACCAUUCCGACUAAGCAAACUGAGGCGGAAACAGACGAAUUGUGGCCAGACGAACUGUUGCCGGAAUCUGAUGUGGAGGAAGAUGAAAGGAAAAGGUGUGGAAGAAUAAAGGAGUAUCGGCUGAAAGCUGUUCAAUUAUCUCCAGAUGGGUCUCAAAUGAGUGCGGAAUUUGGUCCUUCUGUUCCAUUUCCCCACAUCGGAGACAAUGUAACGACGUGCAUGAGAAAAGGUUUAGAACCUUUACCUGCAAUAUAUGAUCCCCUAGGACCUGUUGAUCCGGUUAAAAGGGAUAAUCUUUUGCAACACCUGAAGCCACACGAGGAAAUUCCACAUGGAGAAGCUCACGAGGAUAUUGAGUUCUACAGAAUCCUCAUCACUCCAAGACCUUGGCCCAUUAAAGAAUAUGGAUGGCUGGUUCAAAAUCUGAGUUAUAUAUUAUAUGUGCAACAUAUUGCUGCGUAUAUUAGAGUCCUCAUUCAAAGGUCCAAACAAGAUCCCAGCCUAUUCUGGUCUAAGCGCGUUGCGUUUAUAGACUCUUGGUUCCUUCAAUCAUGGGUUCACGAUUAUAAGGAGUUCGAAGCCAAACCGGAAAUGGUCAAAUUCAAAGGAAGUGGUUACGAGGGGUUAGCAAACGGUUUGAUCCCCACAGACAUUCAGACAAAGUUGCGGUGGUUUACAGAUGUAGAUCACUUGUACGGAGUGCUUAAUACUGGCGGCAAUCAUUGGGUGGGUUUUCACAUGGAUCUGCAUAAAGAGAAGGUUGAUUGCUAUGAUUCAAUCGUUGGAGAGCAAACACUCGAAAGUGAGCUGAGAAUGCUAAAUUUCUUUAGGCCGCUUACUGGUAUGAUCCCUGCGAUUCUGAAUGCCCUUAUUCCUGAUGAUAUCCGAGUCCCUACCAAGAAAGAGUUUAUAUUCAGACGAAGAACAAAACGUAUUGUUCCACAAAACAACCUGAGAGGCGACUGUGGAGUGUAUUCAUUGAAGUUCGUCGAGUGUCUAGCGCUUGGUGUAGUUUUUGAUGGGAUAUCGGAUGAAAAUAUUCAAGGUCUGAGAAUGAAGAUGGCAGCAGAUUUCUUCGAUGAAGGAAGUUGUAGUUUGGUAGAGUCGUUCGGCGAUGAAUAA